AAAGUGGUCUUAGAUUUUGAGUAGAUUUUAACGAAAUCUAGUUACGAAGUAGAUUUUGUUUUGUAUGGGAAAAAAAACAAUUUCACUCUCUUUCACUCUUCGCACAAAACGAUUUCAAUGAUUUUUUUAGUUGUAUUUUAUAUACCUCUUCUCACAAAACAAUUUCAAAAUCAAACAAAAGCUGAUUUUAGACUUUUUUAAAUGCCAAAAGUGACACCUCUGUAUACUUUGUGCUUAUGUUAAAAUCAAUUUUAAUAAAAAAAAUUAACAAACUAAAUUCUAUACAAAUUUUACAAUACAAUGACUUUUGUUAUCAACAAAACAAUUGUCUAAAAAAUUGUUUAGACAAUAUUGUCAUCACGUUGCUAUAACGCUAAUAAAUGUCAUCUGUAUCAGCUAAUUUUUUUAUCAUGAUAACAAUUUGACGUUUAGCUAAAUAAAAAUUUAUCUAAUUUAGACAUUACGUAAAGUUCUACAUGCUGCAGUUUUUUUGAAAUAUAAUAUUUGAGGUGUUUAAUUGUGUGAAAUUAAAUAAACUUAAUUUUACUUCAUUCAAUAUAAUGAAGCGUUUGUUGACUUCUCGUUCAUACUGUGUGUCAGCAGCUAAAACCGCAGAGGAAAAGCUGGAUUUUAAGCAAUUACGUCACAUUAGCAAAGUUCCCGAUCAACCGGUAAAGGAAGAGUUAAACCACUCAAACGAAAAAGUAUUUGAAAUAAGUAAGAAAACAGUACAGCUAUUGGAGCGUCUUGCUUUGGUAAAUCUAGAUGGCGAAGAAGCUUUGAAAACCUUAAGAAGUAGUAUACAAUUUGCCAAAAGGAUUGAGAAUAUUGAUAUUUCGAAUAAGAAGCCUUUAUACACAGUUCUAGAGAAUCAGGCAUUACAUCUACGUUCUGAUAAAAUCAACGAAGGAAAUUGCAGGGAAGAAAUUCUUAAGAACGCUAAAAUCACUGAAGAAGACUACUUUAUUUCCCCGCCUGGCAAUAUACCUUUGCAACAGGAAGAUAUAAUUAAGAAUUAAAAACAAAAAAUCUGAUAUGACGAAUUCUCUUAAGAAUAUAUUGAAGUUUUUAAAUGAUACAAAUUAUUUAAUUGCAAAAUGUGUUUUGGAUAAGAAUGAAAAAAUGCGUUGUGAAUCCUCGUUACUAAAAAAUGGAUUACUAUUGCGAGAACAGAUAUGUAAACAACUGUGGAAAUCUUCACCAAGUUGGGCUACACCAUACGGCGGUACAAAUCAAAAAGGAAAAAAUCAAAUGGAAUUUUUCAGUCGCUUAUCCUUUUUACAAAAUAGUGAAUUCCAAAAAUCAUACAAACAGAUAUGCAAAGAUAAAUUAGUUAAUUCGUCAAAGUCUAUUGUGUUACAGACAAGUUACAAUAAUAUUAGUAAUAGUUUUAUCUCUGAGGAAGAUAAUUUUUACGGUUCUGAGAAUAGCACUUUUUUGGUAUCUGAGUACUUUGUGGCAAAAGAAACAGCUCUAUCCAAAUUUUAUAAUUUACAACGGGAGCGUAAAAUAUGGUGGAUGCGUUUCUCUGCCAACCCAAGUCGUUAUUCCGUAGUUCCGUUCGAUCUUUGUACUAAGGAAAAUGAUGAAUAUAAAAUUGGUAAUGAAAGCAAAU